UUCUUUCGUUUUAAGACUUGCCAGUAUCCAAAGAGGACCUCCCGGCCACUCACGUUUUCAGGGAAAGAAACAAAAGUGGACCUCUGUUGCUGAGGAGACCGGGGUAUGUGUGUGUGGACAUGUUUCAGGGACUCAGGAGUGUAAACGAUAAGCACGCGCGCUCGGGCUCCACACAGCAGAGAGUUUGACCCAGCCUCCACGAUACAAAGCUCCACAUCAUUGGAGACCGUUACUCACAUGUAAGAAGCCCGACUGGGAGGCAGGGCGCAUUUUAGAGAAUCAGAGACAUAGAGAAAGAGAGAGAGAGAGAGAGCAGUAGUGGAAAGACAGAGACAGGCAGAGACAGAGGCAUGUCCAGAAUCUGACGUGCUCGGAGUACUGAGAAACUGAAGAAAAAGACCACACCAAUCAGCCACUAUGCAGGGAGUCCAUGUCAGCCUUUUCCCACUGACACCCUUAAUAACAGCUCUCCUGAUCCUCCUGCUGUGCUCAGCUAGUUCUGGUCUGGAGCUGAGCCCCAGCACAAAAGAGAUCAUCCUGACUGCGAAUGACUCCAUCUCCAUCAUCUGUUCCGGCUGGGCGCCCGUCUCCUGGCGCUACAAAAGAGAAGAUUUUUCAGCACCUGAUUUCAGAAUGGAGAACCGAUCCAACACCUCUAGUGUUCUCCACCUGACGAAUGUGACAUGGAAACACACAGGAGUGUACAUGUGUUCUGAGGAUGGCUCUGAGGAGAGCAGAGAGGUGGCUGUCUAUGUGCCUGACCCGGACGAGUGGUUUUUGGAGAAUGAAUAUUCUGCAAUCACUAGGACAAGCAAUGAAGGGACAGUCCCCUGUCUGGUGACAGACCCCAAAAUUAACGUGACCCUCCAUGAUAAAGAUACUGGAAGCCCAGUGAUGGGCAAGUACAUACCCACCAGUGGCUUUACAGGAAUACUGGAAGACAAGAUUUACAAAUGCAGAGGAGAACGCAACGGAGAGGAGAAGUGGUCCAAUGUGUUCUAUGUCUUCAGCAUCUUAGUUCCUGAGGCGCUGGACACCCACAUCAAUGCCUCGAAGACGGUGCUGAAACAAGGCGAGCCGCUCAACGUCAACUGCACGGCCCACGGAGUCGAGCUCGUCUUCUUCUCCUGGGAGUUUCCGAACAAAGCUAAAGAUGUGGAAAUCCUGACAGACAUAAUCUUGGCGACCAUGAGCAUGCGCUCCUUCCUGAACAUUUCCCAAACCACUCUGGCACACUCUGGAGAGUACGUCUGCCAUGCACAAGAGAGCGUGGGCAACCAACGUACUUCUCUUAGUAUCAACAUCACUGUGCUGGAGAGAGGGUUUGUCGAGCUGAGCUCAUUUCUAAACCCGAAUGUCUCAGCAUUACUGCAUGAGAACGUGGAGCUGAGGGUCGAGGUGGAGGCAUAUCCCAAGCCUCACAUCCGCUGGAGCAAAGAUGGAGCCGUGAUCAACGGAGACAACGUCAUCAACACGAGGCAGGAACAAGAGACCAGGUACAUCAGCACAUUAACUCUAGUGAGAAUCCGCCUAGAGCAGAAAGGAUAUUACACUAUUCAUGUUGCCAAUGAGGACGAUUCCAAAGAGAUGAUCUUUGACCUAGUGGUUAAAGUUCCCCCACAGAUAACCGAAAUUUCCGAUCAUCACCUGCCGGAGAAAAAGCACGCCGUCACCUGUAUGGCAGAGGGAGUCCCAUCUCCCAGAAUCCAGUGGUUCAGCUGUGACAGCGUGCACAAGUGCAGCAACAAAAGUGCUCUGUGGAGCCCCCUAGUGCCAGAUACAGAGAGCAUCAACAUUGUGACUAACAGCACUUAUAAUGAGAACCGCAAGAUCCACCAGGUGUACAGCCAGGUGAUGUUUCUCCAUCCUCAGCAGAUCACUGUCCGCUGCCAGGCCAGGAACGAGAGAGGAGCUCGGGCAAGGGACAUCAGACUUGUCACUAGCACUCUGUUCUCACAGGUGGCUGUUCUGGCUGCUGUUCUGGCACUAGUCGUCAUAGCCAUCAUUUUUAUCAUCAUCCUAAUCGCCGUGUGGAGGAAGAAGCCGCGUUAUGAGAUCAGAUGGAAGGUGAUUGAGUCUGUGAGUCAGGAUGGACAUGAGUACAUCUACGUGGACCCUAUUCACCUCCCCUAUGACCUGGCCUGGGAGAUGCCUCGAGACAGCCUGGUCCUCGGUCGCACUCUGGGAUCAGGAGCCUUUGGAAGAGUGGUAGAGGCAACUGCAUAUGGACUUACCAAUUCCCAAUCUUCUACUAAAGUGGCUGUGAAAAUGCUCAAAUCGACGGCACGUAGGAGCGAGACUCAGGCUCUGAUGUCUGAGCUGAAGAUCAUGAGUCACCUGGGUCCACACCUCAACAUCGUCAACCUGCUGGGAGCCUGCACUAAACAAGGUCCUCUGUACCUGGUGACGGAGUUCUGUCGAUACGGAGACCUGGUAGACUACCUGCACAGGAACAAGCAGAGCUUCCUGCAGAACUAUGCAAACAAGAGCGCCCUCACUAAUGGUAGUGACAGCCACAUCUGCAUUGACUCUGAUGUGCCUUCUGGAAAAGGCUAUGUGUUAUUUGGCUCUGAGAGUGAUGGUGGUUAUAUGGACAUGAGAAAAGAGGACAUGACUGAAUAUGUGGCCAUGCAAGAGCUGACGGACAGCAUCAAAUACGCUGAUAUCCAGCCGUCUCCGUAUGAGUCACCAUAUCAGCAGGACAUCUACCAAGAACAAGGUCACAGAGUGGACCUUUCACUGGUCAUCAGUGAUUCUCCCAUUCUGAGCUACACUGAUCUGGUGGGCUUCAGCUUCCAGGUGGCCAAAGGCAUGGAGUUUCUGGCCUCCAAAAAUUGUGUUCAUCGGGACCUGGCUGCUAGGAAUGUCUUAAUAUGUGAGGGAAAACUGGUGAAAAUUUGUGACUUCGGGUUGGCCAGAGACAUCAUGCAUGACAACAAUUACAUCUCCAAAGGCAACACGUUCCUGCCUCUGAAGUGGAUGGCCCCAGAGAGCAUCUUCCACAACCUCUAUACAACACUCAGUGAUGUCUGGUCUUAUGGUAUUUUGCUGUGGGAGAUUUUCACUCUGGGAGGAACCCCAUACCCAGAUCUCCCUAUGAAUGACCUCUUCUAUAAUGCUCUUAAGAGAGGUUAUCGGAUGGCCAAACCCAUGCACGCUGCAGAGGACAUUUAUGAGGUGAUGAGGAAGUGCUGGGAAGAGAAGUUUGAGAAGAGGCCGGAGUUCUCCUAUCUGGUGCAGGAGAUGGGGAACAUGCUUACCGAAGGCUAUAAAAAGCGAUACUCCCAGGUCAGCGAGAGCUUUCAGAAGAGUGAUCAUCCAGCCGUGGUACGCAGCAAGCCCAGGAUGCCGUCUCCAUUCCCGGGCACACUCCCUCCCUCUUCCCCUUCCACCAUUUUUCCUCCAUCCUCCACACCUAACCGUUGCCUAGAGGCUGAUCAAGACAUGGCACUAGUACCUUAUAACGGUUACAUCAUCCCAAUCCCUGACCCCAAGCCUGAAGAAGAGUGCCAGGAAGUCAGUAUGCCAACAGAAAGCCCCUCAAGCUCUGUAGGGUCUGAGGCAGAGACAGCAUCAUUGGAGGCUCCCAGUGCAGAGCAGGAGUGUUAUGAACAACUGAAGGAACUCUCCAACACUCCUGACGCAGAGGAGAGCUUCCUGUAACACCAUGUUGCUUCCUCUUACACUGGAGAAUAUCUGUGACUGACAUUCAAACAAAAAUGCAGACACAGCAUCUGGUUAAUACAAAGCCUAUGGGGUGACACAGUGGUUAUUUAAGACUACUAAUUAAUAUAUCGAGGCCAUAAGUUAAUAUUUCAAGAUGAAAAACUAGUGUUGCAAUCCACACUACUCAGAACUUCAGCUCGAACAGACAUGGAUGCCCACAGCAAGUUCAUAUCUGUAUGUCCAGUCUGUGAAUUUGAUAAACAUAUUAAUAAGAUCUACAUUAAUUAUUUCUGUGCAUGGAGCAAGAAGAAAUUACAUAUAAUGUAGGUUAACUGUCGAUCAUUUUUGCUUAUAAAAAUUCUCUCUCACAAUGGUCUUAUCGUGUUCGGCUGAAGUUACAAGCUUCAAAAGCUAAACUAAACUCUGAAAGCUAUUAAAACACAUUUCUACAACAGAAACAUUAUCAAGUACAAUCAAGUAGAAAAUAAUGCAAAAGGAAUUCUGUUUACUGUCGACUGUGCGCCGCCAUAUUGUUAUGACUUCAGGUGUUAACUCAGGCAAGGUAGAUGUUGCCCGAGUUCCCGACUUAAGGAAUUACAAAUUGAAUGACCAUUCCAUUGCACUUUUCCAUGUCGGACGUCAGAUUUUUCCAAGUUUCAAGCACAAUGGAUUGCAUCAUAAGUAUUUUGUGGCCACAAAUUAGCCAUGACUUAAAAUAUGUUGCAGGAUCAUCAUACUUAAUCGGUGGCCUCCAGUUAAUUAUUUAGUGAAAAAGCCUAUUUGCUUUAAUGUAAUGUGAACUAACGCUAUAUCCAUGUUACAGCACCUGUGACUCCAUUAUCUGUCAUUCCAAGCUUGAAGUAAAGUCCAAUAUUAUCAGUCAGCUUCAUGCAUAAGUUCAUGUGGCCACUAAAUGCUAUAGUUGCCACAAAUUAUAUAAUAGCGCUUAACCAGUGGCCUCAAUAUAUUAAUUAUUGGCUAAACCUUAAUUAAAAAAAAAAAAAAAAAAUGAUACUUAUAAACAGUUAUUCUGUACAAGUAAGAACAGUUAGCAUUACUACAAUUAACUUCUAUCAGAUUUCUUAUAAUAUCUUACAGGGGAGGAGUUGGGAAAGUUUUAUUUGAUUUUUGAAGAGUAGAUAUCAAAGUGGAGACAUCAGUGUUUCUAAUGCUGCAUUCGAUUUGUAACUCAAAAUUUCCCAUCUCUGAUUAAAAACAAAGGAAAAGGGCCUGCGGUGGGGGUCCCCAGAGUAAGACAGAAAAUAAACAACCCAACUGUCAGGCAGUUAGAUUACUGUAAAUAAAUGAGGCUGAUGAGCUGAAUGGCAGUUUUGGACAUCACACUUGAGCUUCAUGAACAUGCACACACUUUCCAACAUGCACCUGAAGCUCUUAACAGUUCUGUAUAAAAGUCGUCUUGUUCUGCUGGGUUUGAACAGACCAUCAGCGGGGAGUUCUUUGCAGUUUUUCUGGUACGUUGCUCAUUCUGAUGUCUACGCUAGCUUGUUGUACUGAUAUUAUAACUAGCAAGUCCUGGUGACUCUAUCACAAUAGCGAACACUCGAAGUAGCUUGUUAAGGUUAACCAGUCACUACUUUUUUCACCGACAGAAUGAGUGGAGCAUGAAAGAAUGCACUUUCAACCAAUUUCAACUCAAUUUAGGCUUCAAAACAGCAUAAUGCAUAAUAGUCAUAUAUACAGUCAUUGGGCUCAAUUCAAUCCAACAGGCAUGCUCAAAAACUCGUAGGAAUUCCUACUAGCAGUUGAGGGAGAGUUUUCUUCUCCUUAGCUAAGGUAGGAAAUUCGGAGUUAGUCGAACGCAGCACAGAGAUACAUUUUCACUAAAAGAUCUGUACACAUGAAGGUGACAUUCAAUGGAUCUGUCAAAAACACACUGACUUGUUGCUGUUUGGUCAUCACUUUUAGAUGAACAUUUGCCUGUACAUAUUUUAUGCUAAAAUACAUAUAGACCUGUGCACACAUUUACAGUGGUUCAAGUUUAGGCUUGCCAUGAGCUGCCCUUAUAUGCUGUUAGAGCUUGAUUGUAAAACUCUUUAAGGUGAGCUAAAAAUGUAUUUUUUCUUGCAUCUUUCUCACCAUCAGCUGAACCCUGCCCCAGACUUUCUCCUAUUGGCUGAUAAAUGGCUAUGUCAGAGGACAUUGUGACAAAAGCAGCUCUGGUGAAUGCAAUUUCUAUGUGUUGGUGAGUGCUGCCUUGAGCACCGUGUCUUCAUUAAAAUAAAUGGCAAAAUGUGCAUUUUUGACAGAUAUCAAAAUGCCCCUUUGAACGAAUCUAAUCAUAACUUUUUAUUCCAACGGAGUCGAGUGAAUUUUACAAGCAUGAGACCAUAUUGAAAACUUGCAAUUGAGACACUCAUGAGUAAAAUUGUGAGUAGUUACGGACAGGAACAAAUAAUCGGUUUGUACUAUUUUGUACAAUGGAGAAUGGUAUACUACAGUGUGUUUAAAAGUCGAGUGAAUCUGCAAACAAUACAUCAUCAGUAUUGAAAUUGCAUGCUGUAAGUGGCAUUGGAAAGUGUUUUUUUUUUUCUUUUAGAACUGAAGACUGUUAUUUUGUAAAUUGUUUGUUGUAGUUCAGCUACAUACAGUAACAAGAACUGACAUUUUUUUGAGGACAUGUCUAUGAAAGUAUUUUCUAUUUCGCAACUGUUGAACAGAGCCUUAUGCAAAAAAAAAAAAAAAAAAAAAAAAAAAAGACUACAUCCAGUAUGUUUGUUGGUUUUUUUGUUUUGUUUUGUUUUGUUUUAAAUCAUUUUCCUAUAUUUUAUGUUUCAGGGGAAGGAAUUCUUACAGCCUUGUAGCAAAUUUGCACUUUAAAAUUUAUUGGGAAAUAACCUAGAUGAUUUUUUUUUUUUUUUUGGUUUUAAUUUUUUUUUUUUUUUUUUUUUUUUACACUUUUAUGAGUGAAAUGAAGGUACAUUAAAUGAAUAGAGAAAUGAUAUACUGUUGAUGCAGUAUUAUAAAAAGAAUGAUUUCCUUCCUUUAGCAUUGUAAUCUUCUGACUGAAAUACUAGUGAAACAGCACAGGUUAAGGUACUAGAUGCAGGGCAACUCUAUGGGUGAAACUUUAUCUUUUAUGUUACUUAUUUCUGCUAAAAGAGAUUCUGUAUCUUUAAUGUCGUUGUUAUAGAAACACAGUGUUGAGCCUUAAGUAGAAGUCUCUUUUUACUCCAAUAAAGGGCCAAUCCCAUUUUACGAAACCUGAAAUUUCAUCAUUUUACUAGAAACUGUAAAAACUAACCUCAAAACAGUAGCGAUGGCCCAUGCCAUAUACCUACUAAAGCAGCCAUCCAUUUUGUAAAACACACAUAAAGUAUAGUGCUUUGCUUUCUUUUGACCUUUAUAGAUUUUAUUGUAGCCUUUUUUUUGUAAAUGAGCCAAACCUUAUUUAGUGCCACAUGAUAAAUCACACUUUAUGAGGAAAUAUUACACAUGCUAUGGUACCAAAGCUUCUACAUUAUGUAUGUUUACAAGUGUAUUUUUGUAUAAAUAUUUUGUAUAUUGUACUUUAUUGUACUAAAUGUGCUAUAUGUAAAGGAAACAUAUAAUAAAGAUAAGGGAGAGAAAAAAAAA